CGAUUCGGGAUUCCCGCCCCUCCGACGCCCCUUUAAAAGCUUAGCCCCCAAAAAUUCCACAAGUAGUCGUGUGGUCGUCGACCCGCAUUUAUCUCUUCCACCUGCGCCUUCUACUCUUCAUCUCAAAACCCUACCCCAUCUCCCAGCUCCGACCCUCCACUAUGGUGUCCCAGAGGAAAGCUUCUUCGCGGCUGGCGGAAGCUGCUUCAGCCAAUUCGGAUUCAAGGAGGAAGUCUUCAAGAGUGAUUAAAAAAGUUCUCGAUCCAGCUGCUGAUGCUGGAAUUGAAGCUCCUAGCGUAGUUGCAGCGCCGGCCAAGAGGAAGGCUUCAGGGGACGGUACUCCGGCUGAACAGGAUCUUAGCCGGAAGUCUAAGAGGCGGAAGGGGAUGGAGGUGCUGGAUUUGACUGAUGACGGUGUUGAGUUCUAUGAGCUUGAGGAUGAGGAUGAGGACGAGGACGAGGAUGUGUCCCAUGGCGUGAAUGUGGUAAAUCUGGCCCGGCCUCCUGCAAGGAGGGCUCCGGCUAAGGCCUCUGAUGAUGAUGACGGCGAGUUUAUCGGGGAUCCGGUUCCUGUAGAGGAAGCCAAGCAGAAGUGGUCUCACCGCUAUCAAAAGACCACUGGGAGAGCAUAUGCAGGAAUUAAGAGCAUAACUAUUCAAGAUGGAGCUGCUGACAUACUUCAGGCCAAGAGGCACUUUACAUCAGCAAAAGUUGAUAAUGUUAUUUAUAAUGUAGGGGAAGAUGCUUAUGUCAUGGCUGGUGAGGGGGAAGACAACUACAUAUGCAAAAUUAUCGAAAUGUUUGAAUCACUUGAUGGUGUGCGGUAUUUUACAGCUCAAUGGUACUACAGAGCCAAGGACACCGUUAUCAAAUCAUGUGAUGAGUUUGUGGACAAACGGCGAGUCUUCUUUUCCGAAGUCAAGGAUGAUAACAAUAUUGGUUGCUUAGUUCAAAAAGUCAAUAUUCAACGUAUACCCUACAAUGGAAAUUCUAAUUCAAGGGAGAACAUUCGAUCUGAUUGUGAUUUCUACUGUGAUAUGAUGUAUUUGGUUCCCUUCUCAACAUUUUUGAACCUUCCUCCUGAUUUUACAGUUCCUAGUGAUUCCAGUUCUACCAUCUCUAGUGACCAGGAUGUGGUAGAAGCAAAAGAGCACAAUUCAGAAAAGACUCUAUUGGAUUUGUACUCUGGCUGUGGUGGGAUGUCUACUGGGUUAUGCUUAGGAGCAAAGGAAAGUGGCAUUAAUUUGGUCACUAAAUGGGCUGUUGAUUUGAAUCAAUAUGCAUGUGAGAGUUUGAGGAAAAACCACCCGGAGACAAAUGUGAGGAAUGAGCCAGCUGAAGAUUUCCUGUCUCUUUUGAAGGAAUGGCAACAGCUUUGUGUCUCUUGCUUGUUAAUAAAAAGCAGCUGUCCCCCGCACCCUCAUUUGAAUCUUUCAAGCAACGAAGAAGAAGAAGAAAAUGAUGAUGAUGACAAUGUUGAUGAGAGUAAUGUAGAUGGAGUAGAUGAAGUGUAUGAGGUUGAGCAUAUUUUGGAUGUUUGUUAUGGAGACCCUAAAGAAUUGAAAAAGCCUGGUCUAUACUUUAAGAUACACUGGAAGGGUUAUACUGCAGAUUAUGACACAUGGGAACCCAUAGAGGGUUUAAGCGAUUGCCCCCAAAAAAUUAAGGAGUUUGUGGUCAAUGGCUUUAAAGAGAAAAUGUUGCCUUUGCCUGGACAUGUUGAUGUUAUAUGUGGAGGUCCUCCUUGUCAAGGGAUCAGUGGUUUCAACCGUUUCAGGAACUCAAAGAAUCCUUUGCAGGAUCCUAAAAACAAGCAGCUAACAGUGUUCAUGGACAUGGUUGAUUUCUUGAGACCAAGAUUUGUUUUAAUGGAAAAUGUCGUUGAUCUUUUGAAAUUUUCAAAUGGUUUCUUGGGGAGAUAUGGGUUAAGCCGGCUUGUAGGGAUGAAUUAUCAGGCACGGCUAGGAAUGAUGGCGGCUGGGUCAUAUGGACUGCCACAAUUCCGUAUGCGUGUCUUUAUGUGGGGUUCCCUUCAAGGCGAGAAGUUGCCACAAUACCCACUACCAACAAAUAAAGUUGUUUUUAGAGGUGUUGUUCCUACCGAGUUUGAGCUAAAUUAUGUUACUUACGAAAGUCCCGAUGUGAGUUUGAAGAAAGAGCUUUUCCUUGGGGAUGCAAUAUCAGAUCUCCCCCUGGUGGAGAAUAAUGAACAAAGAGAUGAUAUGGAGUAUGCUAAUGAGCCCGUGACCGAGUUCCAACAACUUAUAAGACUUGGGAGGGAUGGUAUGCCUGGAAAAGUUCUGCAUGAUCACCGUCCCCUACAAUUAAAUGAUGAUGAUUAUCAACGUGUCUGUCACAUUCCCAAAAGAAAGGGAGCAAAUUUUAGGGAUUUGCCUGGUGUUAAGGUCGUAGCCAAAAAGGUGCAGUGGGACCAAGAUGUUGAGAGGGUCUAUUUGCCUUCAGGGAAACCUUUGGUACCUGACUAUGCAAUGACAUUUGUGAACGGCACGUCCUCAAAGCCAUUUAGAAGAUUAUGGUGGGAUGAAACAGUCCCUACUGUUGUCACAAGGGCUGAGCCGCACAACCAGGCCAUCGUGCAUCCUCUUCAAGAUAGAGUUCUCACAAUCAGGGAAAAUGCUAGGUUACAAGGUUUCCCUGAUUACUAUAAACUUUAUGGCCCUAUUAAAGAAAGGUACAUACAAGUUGGAAAUGCAGUUGCUGUACCCGUCGGAAAAGCUUUAGGUUACUCGUUGGCCUUGGCCUUCAAAGGUUUGUCUGGCGUAAGCUCAACUUUUUCUUUGCCAGAGGAAUAUGGGGAAAUUGUUGGGUCACCGGUAGAUCAAAUGUCUCCGGCUGAAGUCUCCCAGUGAAAUAAGUCAAUUGAAUUUAUUUAUUUUCAAACAGUGCACAAGUUAAUUUAUCUUGUUGCAAUUAUCUUUACAAAUAUUGUAGAACUUCAUUUAUAUGUAAAAUUAUGUUGUAAGAUUGCAAAACAUUGUCAGAGUGCCAUAGCAGAGACGCAAUGUAAAACUAUUUUAUGUAUGUCAGAUGCAGAAACAGUUGAGUUGUUCAUUGCAUAAAUAUUGGUAAUUAAAGAAUGUGAACUGUUCUGAUUACA